ACUUCUGAAAAGUACUAUGUGUAUCUUUUCCCCACGUUUUAUAUGUGAGUUGAUCAGAGAUUAAUUCAAUGAAACCAGUCUUCAAAUGUUUACUCAGUUAAUAUGUUCGAAUGAUGAUGAUGAUGAUGAUGAUGAUAAUGAUGAUGACGCUAAAGGAAUACUCAGGCAAAUAAAUUAGUAAAUAUCAAAUUUAUAAUAUUUGCUCAAAUCACGCUAUGGGGUUUUUAAAGUCCCAGCAUUUUUUUUCUAUCUAAAUACUAUAUAAUGUGAGUUUGAAACGUGAAUAAAUCUACAUAAUUAUGUUGAACGAAAGAAGACGCAGACAGAAUCAUUUUGUAGUCUUAAAACAAGAAAUUUAACAAUAACAAACCAUAGAAGUUAAAAGAAAAACAGAUAGUGGCUUAUUUGACAGGUUAUUUUACGUUUCCAUAGUUCACUAAAAUCCAAAUGCUCUAACCUGACCCACGUGGGUCAGGUUAGGAACCAACAUUAUUUUCUUUAUAUAGAGAAAAUAUUUGUUCCCAAUACUGCUUAGUUUAUACAUUUCGAUGACAUGUAUAUAAUGUUGGAAGAAAAAUUCAAGUCGAAGAUAAGAAAGUUUUGCCUGUGACUCCUUUUAACAAUGAUAGCGAUAAUAUAACGACGACAACGAUGAUGAUACUGAUGAUGAUUGUGAAAUAUAAAGAUAAUGAUGGCGACGACGAUGGAAUAACAAUGGUAUUUAUGUCGGUUAUGAUGAUGAUAUUGAUCAUGAUGAUGAUGAUGAUUAAAAUUAUUAUUGUAUCGUAAUCGUCAUCUUUAUUAAUAUAUUUUAUCUAGCGUACUAAUUUGAUUCUACCUAUAUGUUCGCACUCACAGAUAAAAAUGAAGAGUAACUAAGAUUUUCCACGUCAUAAAUUUCUCGUCCCGUCAAACCCAACCUCCAAUAUUAUUAUCAUGUCAGUAAAAGGAAAGUUUAUAAUAUAUAUCUAUAAUGUCUUAUUUUGACAAAGGUUAGAUACUAUCAGUUCUUUAAAUGUCACAAGUCAACAGAUAUCUCAGUUUAAAGGUACUGUUAUGGUAAAACUCUAAAACUUAAUAUCACUUUACAUAUUUGUAAAUACUUUCAUUGUUGAUAAAACUUCGUAAAACAAAACCCGGUAUUGGAAUUUGAAACUUGAUAUUGUAAGAAAAUCUGUAAAGUUUUGUUUUUACACUUACGUACGUAAAAAAAUCCGUACUUGUUCAACAGCUAAGUGAAAGUUGAAAAAUGGAAUGUUGGAUUAUUAUCUAUUUUAAUACAUGUUUUAUUGUUUAUAAUUUACUCGUUCAUAGCAUAGAUUGUCAGUGUGUGUUACCAUUAACCAAAGGAACAUGGCUAUCAUCGUCACGUGGUACAUGGACAAUACCUGAAAACAGAACAGAAAUUCAGAAUUUUAAAGCCUCCCUGACCCCAUCUGUGACAAUACAUGAUUUAGCGUGUUACAGUUCAUCCGGAAAUCGUUAUAUAUUGGGAACAAGUAUUCAACUCUUCUCUACCAUUUUCAUACAUUCCUAUACCUGUCUUGAGAUAAGGACAACGUCAAAUUCACCUUCUACAUACGAACUUUAUUUUGUAACAGAUAUUGACGUUUCUACCGGUGAACCAUUCAAUUCUAAUGUCAGUGCGGUUUGUGACGGGACAGUGGAAGAGACGGGUGUUAAUACCAAUAUUAUUGUCGCAGACGGAGUAGAUAUAGAAACGGUAAAACAGAGCUUACCGGAUGUUAUAAGAGGUGAAUAUAUAGUUACAAUCACUGACCAGAAUGGUCAAACCAGUAACCAGACGACAAUGUCGUCGUGUAAUGACACAAGCGCAUUUUACUUCACCGAGACAGGCAACGUGACACAAAUUGUCAGCGCUGUUGGCUUUUCAGAUUCCGGCAUCCUAUACAAUUUAAAGUCUUUUUCUUCGGUUGGCGUCACGUUUAUAUACACAUACAACAUUGAUACAUCUGUGGAUUCUUCAACUACAUACAGAUUUAGCUGCUGGGCUGUUUCACAAGUGUCUUCUACAGUAUAUGCUACAGUGUAUCCGGAAGUUUGCCAGGACGGCCAGAAUUCCACAAGUGUUCCUAGAGGUGGCCAAAUUCUUAUUCUGGAGGCAUCGGGUAUUGAGUUCAAGAUUGCAAAUCUUUUAAUCAGAAGUCAAUUUUAUCUUAAGGCGUUGUUAACUUGAGAGAGUAAAAGAAAGUGUCAUAGAUAAUAAAGAAGUAUGAAUUAAAAAAGAAAGAAAA